AUGCUCAGAUCGCGGCAUAUCGGCGAAAUGGUAGCGCGGCCGCGCUCGCCUGCGGGCGCCGUUAUCCCACGGUUCUACGCUGGUCGGCAAGUGCUCAUCACUGGGGCCACCGGCUUCAUGGGCAAGGUCCUAGUGGAAAGGUUGCUAUCCACUUGUCCAGACAUCGGUCAUCUCCAUCUUCUGCUGCGUCCUAAGAAGGGAGUGCCUCCAGAGAAGCGCCUACAGAUGCUGAAGCAGUCUCAGGUCUUCGACGUCAUUCGUCAGAAUAGACCGGAGCAGCUGGACAAGCUGAGGAUGGUUGCAGGGGAUAUUGCGGAGCCCGGGCUGGGUUUGGCGCCAUCCGUGUUACAUCAACUGCGAGAGGUGUCAGUCGUGUUCCAUUCGGCCGCAACGUUGAAGUUCGACGAGCCUCUACCAAUGGCUGUACGACAGAAUGUGCUCUCUGCAAUACGGGUGAUGGAGCUUUGCGACCAGCUACCACACGUUGAGGUUUUCAUGCACGUUUCCACGGCGUACAGCAACUCGGAACUGUCCCAUGUUGAGGAGAGGGUAUAUGCUCCUCCCACGGAAUUGCAGCAGCUGCUAUCAUUGCUAGAAGUCGUGCCACCGGCUCUGCUACCUAACAUUACUGCACAGUAUAUAUCCCCGAAAACCAAUACAUACACCUUUACGAAGGCAAUGGCGGAGGAGGCUGUACGCAUCCAUGGUAACCAGCGCUACCCCAUCGGAAUAUUCCGUCCCACUAUAGUGGUCUCAUCCCUGCGGAACCCAUUCCCUGGGUGGAUCGAGAACCUGAACGGCCCCAGCGGCAUCAUAGCGGCUGCCGGCAAAGGGCUGCUGCACGUGUUCUCCGUGAAGGAAUCCGCUAGGGCUGACAUGCUUCCGGUUGACAUAGCCAUAGACACGCUAAUCGCCGCCUCCUGGGAGACAGCCAUAGAGAAAUCGAGGGAUGUCCGUGUAUACAAUUGUAGUACAUAUGAAAAUCCCACUACAUGGGGGCAGUUCGAGAAUGCCCUUAGGUUCAACAUAAGGGAGUUCCCGAUGGAUGGCGUCUUGUGGUAUCCGUCCGGCACGGGCGUCGAAAACAGGUACACGCAGAAAGUUCUCGAGUUCACCCUUCAGACGCUGCCAUUGCAUGCUGCUGAAUACGUAAUGCGCCUGUUCGGCAUCAAAAGACAAUUAAGCCUCAUCACCGCAUGUCAGAAGAUGCGUGCGAUGAACGAGGUGCUCAGCUUUUUCGCGCUACAUGAGUGGCGCUUCAGCACAGAUAACGUAAAGAAACUUCGCGCGCGAUUAACACCUGACGACCGCGCCAUCUACAAUCUGGAUCCGAACACUAUUCAGUGGGAUGAUUUGUACAGGGAUUUCGUCAUAGGAACAAGAAAAUAUAUCCUCAAGGAAAAAGAUCAAGACCUUGACGAAGCCAAACGACAUUUACGCAGAAUGUAUUUCCUUCACAAAGGCGCAAUGGUUUUUGCAGUUUUGCUAGCGUUCAGACUGGUAUUACAGAACAGGUACAUGCGUGACUUUGUAUACGGGGCUCUGAGACUUCUGAUGUACAUAGUCAGCACGACGUACUCGCGAGUGACAGCACAUGUA